AUGCUCAUACCUGUUUGCUCGGCCCUCUCGGGGAGGCCUCUCUCUCUGGACUUGCCUGGAGGCUCUCUUGUGGAGGAACUUUAUUCCACCAUCAAGCGGCAACUGGAAAUCGAAGUCGAGAACCAAAUUGUGAUGUGCGAGUGGGAGCCAGAGAGUGGUAUGAACCAAAGAAAGACGCUGUCCUCGUACGGCCUUCCGCGCCAAGAUAAUCAAGUCAUUUUCUUUUACGACAAGUCAUGGUUCAAGUCCGGGUUGGCGGGCACUAAGACCGAAGAUGAAAUCAUUGUGAUCAAGGCUCAAUUACCGAAUCAAGAGAAGUCAUUGUCCAACAGCGCGUUCAUGUCGAAUCAAGACUCGGGCGAGCCUAUGCAGAGUGCCAUCUUUAAUUUCUAUGCAAGAUUCGCCCAUUGGAAGGCAACCGCUGAUGCCUUCUUGGUGGCUGCGAAAGCGAGAGAGAAAGCAUGCCAGGACAUUCGAAAUGAAGUCAAGAUGCAGCAUCGCGGAUCGGCUUUGGCAAGGAAGUCGCUCAUGUGCUACUUCAGUGCUGUCAGGAAGUCUAUCGAGAAGUUGGAAACAGAGCUUGAAUCGGCUCGUCUGAGCACAGAAGAAAAUCUCAAGAGAUCAGAAGUUGAUGCAUGCCUUGAAAAGCUCCAGAUGACCAGUCUUCACAAGGCACAUUGUGCGGUCUGGAGAGUUCCGGAGGGAACCAAGUUGAUUUCUUUUGUCAAGGACACCGACCUUCUGAACAAAUGUGUUGAAUCUUGCCACUCCCUUGUAAGUGUGCUCGAAAGCAAGGUCGGAGAAUGCAUCGUUGCGUUCCAAGAGCUCGAAGAUCUUGUGAACCUGGAGAUGACGAACGGGGAUAUGUCGGAAAGAUCGACGAUCGCCGAAGUCGAGAGCUUCUUAGAGAGCAUGUCGUCGGAGAGAAUCGAGAUCGAGAACUUCAACUCAGCAAUAUCGGAAGAUGUUCGAGAGUUGGAAGCGACCCUCCCUGACCUGUCGAAUGGAGAGAGGGACGUUGGGAACCUUUUGGACCUCAUGAACAAGCUACAAUCCAAGUACUCACAGUUCAAAGAUGGCUUCAACGAGCUUUCGACGCACGAUAACAGCCAUCAGAAGCUCAUGGAAGGUUGCUCUCUUGCAAAGAAGCAGAUGACAGAAGGGAUUUUGGACAAACUGCAGAGGGUAGCCACACUGCAAGGACGUCUGCUUGACACGAAGAAGAAGUCGGAUGCUCUGUUGGCUGGAGCGGUGAACGAGAGGAAAAGAAGAAUCAAUCAAGUCGAGAUCGUCCUAAGGCUGCCGGAAACCUACAAAGCUUGGUGUGAAGAGGUUCACAAGAGAAAUGCGUAUUACGACAACCUCGUUGCGAACGCGGAGCACAUUUCAGGAGCCGUGCAAGAUCUGGUAGACAACGAGGAAGAGCGGAGGCUGGAGUUUCUGGAGAAGUAUGAAGCCUACCUCCCAGCUCCUCUCCUCGACCUCCUCAAUGAAGGAGCGAGCGGGGCUGCGGGGCAUCCGCCGAGGAUGGAAAUCCAUGUCUCGAGGAGGCCGAAGCAGCUGCCAGAGAUCCGACUGAGAGAUCUUGAAGAAGGGGCGGCUGGAAACUUCCAGCUGCUUCAGAUCACGAGGGAGAGAGGAGAUGCCAGCGGUGCGAAGGCGGAAGGAGAGCAGGAGGAGGCUCCGAGGUCUGAGGAGCCGGAUAAGAGGGUGAACCAGGACAUGGAGGCAGUGAAGAGUCAGAUGGAGGAGCUGGAGAACGAGCUGUCGGAGAAGGAGAGGCUGUGGCGCAAGGCGAACGAAGGGAAGGCUGAACUGCAGCUCAAGCUGAAUGAAACGAUUGAGCGAGUCAACAUGGAGAGGGCGCAGAGGGAAAAGUUGCAGAAUGCGCUGAUACGAAUUGGCUCUCUGCUGCAAAUCGACUUGCAACGUCAAACGCCACAAUCCUCGAGGCUGCGGAAGUCGGAGGAUCGGGACAUCAUGGACCCGAAAUCCCUAGAGAAUGUCAUUUCGAGCAUCGGCGAUCUGGUCGAGAAGAGCAAGUCCCAACGAGAGAGCGAGACUUUCAAGAACUUCUCAGAACUCCAGAUGAAUGCACAAAAGUCGGAAGCCCAGAUCUCGAAGCUCGAGGAGGAACUAGAAAAGAAGAACAAGCUGUUCUCAGGCGCCAUGCAGAACGCCGCAUCCUUGGAGAUCCAGAACAAGAAAGUUGGGGAGGAGCUGCAGCUCGAGAAGUCCAACAGGGAGAAGCUGCUGUCGUUUGCUUCAAAGCUGUCUGCCAGUCUUGGGAUGGAAGUAAUCAAGCCGCUCCCGUCCUCGUCGCGCGCGCUUAGAGGAAGUGAAGAUCGUGACCUAGAGGUCAAGCUUGACGUGAGGACGAACAUGCUGCAGAGAAUUUCAGAGCUCAUGGGAAAGCCAGAGGAGCGGAAGGAGAAUCCUGGGCAGUCAAUCAAGAUAUCCUUGUCCAGCUUCGAACCGGGUGACGUGGCUCUCUUUAUGCCUUGUGGAAAGGAUCGCACGGACGCCUACGGCAACAGCUUGUACGUCGCUUUCAAUGUCGAUUGCCCGAGACAUUUCCUUCAUACUUCGUCGUUGGAGGAAUUCUUCAAUAAGGAUAAGGCUCGAGCUGAGAGCUACUGUCUGGGGAGGAUCACCGUAUGUUACGAGGCCACGGAAGAUGACUUCAACGAGUUCGGGAUGACGGAUGAAGAGACAUUCCAUGUCUGUUACGCAGAACCUGUGUUAACAGAGUGA